AUGCCGCCCAAAAACAUCACCAUCAGCGUGUCCCGCGCCACCGAAGAUGACACUCUACCCCUCGCCCAGGUCGAGGCCAUCGGCUUCCACGACCCAACUGCCGAAGAGCCCUCGACCAGCAUGGGCCGAGUCAUGUUCGGCCCUCCCACUGAAUCCGGCCAGUCCUUUCGCGCGCAGGAGCUGAUCCAGCGCAUGCGCACCAUGCCCGAGGUACGCCUCUACAAGGCUGUUUCCCAGGAGGAAGGGAAAGUGGUAGGCUUUGGCGGAUGGAGGUUUUAUACAGAGCCCUUCCCAGAGCAAGAUACCUGGGAGGAUAAACCGUGGGAGUUUGCGAGGAAUCCGCAGGCGUGCAAUGAGUUUUUUGGCGCGAUGGCGCGGACCAAGACGAAGUAUAUGGGUGGGCAGAGAGUUCUAAGUAAAAAUAUUGCAGGGUUGGAAAUCCUCGUCGUCCAUCCAGACUAUCAAGGCAUCGGCGUCGGCAAAAAGCUGAUCCAGACUGGGCUCGACGACGCCACCGCGCUGGCUCUGGACAAGGCCUAUCUUGAAGCCUCCGAGGCCGGGUAUCCGCUGUACAAGAAAUUUGGGUGGCAGGAUGUUGACCAGGUCUUGAUUGAUUUGGGAAAGUAUGGGGGCAAGGGGGUUUGGCCGACGGUUUGCAUGCGUAGGGGGGAUUGA